AUGGUUCGUCUCCUAGUAUCACCGCGAUAUGGCGGUCAGUCGACGCCAAUCAUCGCCGGCGCAGCCUUCAUCACCCUCUGCGUCGUCUACCUCCUCCGAUUCCACGGCGCGAUAACACCCUUCACAUCCGCCAACUUCAGCUUCCGCACCUCAAAGACAUCCGGCCUCAACCUCGACGCCAUCAACGCGACCGCACAAUAUUUCAUCGACUACCCCCUCGGCCCGCCAUACAAGAAAGUCUUUGGAGAGCUGGGUGAGCGCACAAAGGUGCUGCGCUCGUGGAUCGAGGCGCUCGAGGAGAAGGAGGGCGGCCGCACCGACGGGUUGCGGGUUGUGGGGGCCGAGAGACAGUUUCUCGACGCCCAGGUCGAGCGAGUCGCCGCAUCCCUGUUCCCUUGUUUGCAAUCUCCGCCGAGGGACAUCCACAGCCAGACACCUCUGGCCGAUCUCAGGCGAAGGUUUAUGGGGGGCGCUGCCGCUGAUCAGAAGCCGGAGUAUGUGCCGAGAAAUGCCGGUAUCGUCAUUCCGACGGGACACGGCACGCUGCGGUUUGCGUGUCAUUUGGUUGCGUCCCUGACGCGCGUUUUGCAGACUACGCUGCCCAUUCAAAUUGUUUACGCCGGCGAGGAAGACUUAUCGGAGGAGGAUCGUGACACGCUUGUGCAAGCUGCCGAGGGCGAUGGCGGACGCAUCGAAUUUUUGGACAUUUUGACCGUCUUCAACGACACGACAUUGAAGCUGGCCGAGGGAGGAUGGGCAAUUAAGCCGUUUGCCGCGCUCGGCAGCCGAUUUGAGGAAGUUAUUCUACUGGAUGCGGACGUCGUCUUCCUGCAGAAACCCGAGCAGCUCUUCCAACAGCGCAAUUACCAAGAAAAGGGCGCGCUUCUCUUCCACGACCGACUGCUCUGGAAAGACCAGUUCCCCGAGAGACACGAAUGGUUCCACGAGAUGAUCAAGCACCCGAGCGAGGAGCUGCAAAAGUCUCUUGUUUGGACGGAGAAGUACGCCGAGGAGGGCGACUCUGGCAUCGUGGUGCUUGACAAGGGCCGGCUGAACGUACUCAUGGGCCUACUGCACACGGCGUGGCAGAAUACGCACGCCGUGCGCAACUCGUGGACGUACAGGAUCACGUACGGCGACAAGGAGACGUACUGGAUCGGCCUCGAGGCCACGGGCUCGACGUACAGCUUCUCGCGGCACUAUGGCGGUAUGGUCGGCUGGCGAAAGCCGUUUAGCGGGGUGCAGACCGAGAUGACGCAGGUGUGCAGCUUCGUGAUUGCGCAUGUGGACGAGGUGGACAACUUGCUGUGGUAUAAUGGCGGGCUAUUGAAGAACAAGAUGGACGACCCGACUGAGUUCGCGGUGCCGACGCACUGGAUGAUUGACCAGCAAUGGGUCAAGGGAGCGAGGAAGAAGGAUAUGAGUUGCAUGGUUGGUAUGAAUGCUAGAGAGCUCAGCGGAUCAGAGACCAGCGUCUUGAAGAGGAGCAUUGAGGCAGCGAAGGAUGUUGAUGAUAGACUCGAAUUGGUAUAG